UCCAGAACGGACGGCGCGAGCGCCCCAGCCCUAGACACAUCGCUCAGCUGCCAGCCACAGUAAACUAAAACCUCUGAAUCGUAUCGCAUCGUGCCACCAUGGAGGCGGCUGCUCUGUCCGCGACUAUGGGCUCCCGGCGCGGCGGCCUCUUCGCCGCCGCCGCCGCUCCCGUUCCAGCUCCUUCUCACCGGAGAGCGGCCGCGCCGCGCUCGUCGCCCGGGCCGCCUCAGCGGCGGCGGCUCCGCGCGCUGCCGGCGGAGCUGACCGAGAUCCUGGCCCCGAAGCUGGUGCCCGGCUCGCCCGCCGCCACCGGCGACGUCUCCUCCCUCAUCCCCAUCAGCGCUGUGAUGCUGCUCUUCUACUUCGUGUCCAACUGGGUGUUCCCCGCGGUGAUCAUGAAGGGGAUGAAUCCCGACGCCCAAGACGGAACCGCCGGCGCCGCUGACGAAGAAGAAGAAGAAGGAACAUCCAUGGCGGCGGCUGCGGGGCAGUCGGACGGUAAGGUCCGGCUCAAGGUCAAGAGGAGGAAGAGGAAAAAAACGGCAGCUACGACUACCACCAAAUCGUAGUACUCACUCAGCGUGGUCCGUGGAAAGGCCCUUCAGAAAUUCAGACUCUUGUCUUGUUUUUUUUGUCCGACAGUGUUACCAAAGAUCAGAAUGGAGUGAUAAUCAGAAAAACUCUGGCAUGUGUCUAUUUGGUCGGAGUAGACCCAAUAGGAAUCCACUAUUGAUUGUAUCCUUUAGUAAAGAGGAUUCCUUAAUUAUACACUGUGUCCAUAGUUCUUUAAGAAAGCAUGUAUUUGGGAUGAACUACCACAAACUCCUUAAUUAAAUAACUGUGUCCACAGUUCUUCUCGAA